GGGAUCAUCGGCUAAGUGACGUCAUAGGUGAUGAGGGUAUAAAAGGGGUGGCGUCGUUGGAUCAUCGUCAGUGGGUCUCUGCACAUCAUAUAGUGAAGAAAAACCAACCAAGUCAUCAGCAAUGUGGCGGAGAGGACAGUCGUCGCUGGUGUUGGUGACGGCGGCGAUGCUGGCGGUGAGGGUAUUGGGAGAGACGCUGGACACUCGUAAACGGAUGGUCGGGGUGCCGCAAACCCUGGAAGAUGUCAUCCUAACCAACUUUAUCGAAACAUUAAUAGAUUUGGGCGAUGGCCGAAGGAUGGACCUUCAAUCCGUAUCGACCAGCGAAUCACUCAACGUCCAAGGCUCAACAGCUUCAAUUUCUGUACAGUUGUCGAAAGUUUGGAUUGAAAAUUUGGCUAAUGUGACGAGGGUGACGGCUGGCAAUCUGGACGAGGACACGAUGCUGCUGUAUGAGCAAAUAUUAUUCAGUUCUCUAGUGCUGCGCGCCACCUACGAUAUCACAUUCCCUGCCGUGUCCAUAGCGCCACAAGAGACAGCUCGGGGUGUGCUACGUAUGGUAGCUUCUCCAACGCGCGUCAAUAUGACGUUCCACCUCGACGCUGACUUCCUACCUGACGACAUAGUAUCUUGGGAAGCUGAAAUUCUCGGCUCGCAAUUUGAGAGUAUCACAGGAUUGACAGGCAAGACGUACGGAGAAGGUUUCAGGAAUGUGUUGUAUGACGUCACGAGAAACUAUAUUAUAGCAACGAUAAAUGCCGAGGUCAAGGAGAUCUUCGAAAGCAUACUGGAUGAAAUUGCAUUUGACUCAAAAUAAAUUUAGGUAUGUAAUAAUGCCGCAUUGUCCUAUCAUGAACUUCGCGGAGGAACUCUACGAGAAAAGAUUUACCUUCGUGGAGUGACUUGAUAAACAUUCAAUCAAUACCGACGGAUACGACGCCUGCUCUUAAGACAUGGAUGGCUCUCCCUUGCUGACUUCCUGCCGACGACACUUGGCCUGCUGACCUGGACACGCGACACACCUCUUAUCUUGUUCCAUUUAUACAUUGUUCCAUUUAAGUAUGCGAGAAUCCAUCAAUGUACAUGUACAGUAACUAUAUCAAUGUAUUUUAUUUUUGUGAUAAUUAUAAGUGCACCAGUUAAUUAUAAAAUAAAAGUAUGAACAUCG